AUGCAUAUAAAUGUGCAACUAAAACAUAGAAGGGGAACCACUGAAGCAAAGGCACUGAUCGACUCAGGAGCAGAAGGACUCCUCAUUGACAAACAAUUCUGUCUAAAACAAGGAAUACCACUACAGAAAAUUGACAGAUUUAUCCUGGUAUUUAAUGUGGACGGCACAGCUAAUGAAGGAGUCAUGGAUAAAGCAUGCUUCCUGAUGAGAAUAACCAAUGACGAAGGAGACUAUCAUGAUGAACAAUGCAAACUACUUGCCACCAACCUAGGAGGAGAAGAUGUAAUCCUAGAAAUGGACUGGCUACAUAAGCACAACCCACAAAUUGAUUGGGUAAAAAACUGCCUCAUGUUCUCCACCUGUGCCAAAACAUGCCUAGUCAGCCAACCCAGAUUUAUGAUACAAGCACAACUCCUUUCACGGUGGAGAAACGUAAAAACAAUCAGAUAUUCGAGGAUAGAAGAUGAACUAGAAGACAAAGAAGGCAUGAAUGAAACUUUCUUCUCUGAAUUCUAUGAAGAAUGGUAUCACCAAGAUCUGUUCAAAAUGCACCUACUCGAAGCAAUCCGCAUCAAAUCCGUCCACAGCAAAUCACAAGAAUUGGCAGAAAUAGCGAAUAAAAAGAAGAAUGACCACACUGUAGAAGAACCAAGCAAGGGGUCUGGGGACAUAGAAGAGCACACAUCUCUUCACAGUGCGCCCAGUCUAGUUUUGAAGUCGAAGUACAAGGAAUUCUGCUCCAAGACCUAG